AAGAGUAACAGAGAUGUAUAUAGUACAUCUGCAUCUUGGCUCUCCAACAUUGUUGUCAUAGUACGAAAACUUGUCUUUUUAUACUUGAAGUUCCACCGCUUUGCAUGAUGAAGCUUGCAUAGAUCAUGCUUGGGUGAUGAUUUAAUAAGGACUUUGCGAAUCUGCAACUGAUAGAAAUUGUUAGAAGCUAAACAACUUUUCAGAAUUUUGGUUCUGUCUCGAUAUCUAAUGGCCGAGAUGAAAGCAAAAAAAAAAACCUAAUAUAUAAACGACGUUCAAAACAGCGUUUAGAAGUGGAGAAACUUAUUGCUCGGCUGGCUGAAUCGUGCAAACUUAAGGGCCACAUAUAAAGCCCACGUAACACAUACUACAGAGUUAAAUGAAACGCUGCGGUAAAAUUUACUGCCACGUGUCGAACUCAAAAAACCUAUUUACUGACGUGUUUUGAUGAAAAGAGAGUGAUUCUCUUCUUUAUAUAAUAAGAAAAAUUGUUGAAGAUAAAGAGUAACAGAGAUGUAUAUAAUACAUCUGCAUCUCCACUCUCCAACAUGGUUGUCAUAGUACGAAAACUUAUCUUUUUAUACUUGAAGUUCCACCGCUUUGCAUGAUGAAGCUCGCAUUCAAGAUAGAUCGUAGGUAAGUGAUAAUUUAAUAAGGACUUUAAGACUGCGAAUCUGGAACUGGUAGAGAUUGUUAGUAAGAAGCUGAAACAACUUUUCAGAACUUUGGUUCCGUCUUGAUAUCUAAUGGCGGAGAUGAAAGCAAAAAAAGAAACAUAAUAUAUAAACAACGUUCAAAGCAGCGUUUAGAAGUGGAGAAACUCAUUGCUGGGCUGGCUGAAUCGUGCAAACUUAAGGGUCACAUACAAAGCCUACAUAACACAUGUUACAGAGUUAAAUGAAACGCUGCGGUAAAAUUUACUGCCGCGUGUCGCACUCAAAGAAACCUAUUUACUGACGUGUUUUGAUGAGAAGAGGGUGAUUCUCUUCUUUAUAUAAUAAGAUAGUAUUUUUUUAUAAAAAAAAUAUUUAUAAAAUCUUUCGUCAAGUUUUCUAGAACACCAUUUUUUGUUAGCUUUACAUGUUUCCCUUAUUCCUUUGUAUAUGAACUGGGACCAUAUAAGUAUUGUUUUGCCUUUGGAUCAUAUAGGCACUUUCUUAGAAACAGAAGAUUCGCCAGCCUGAUUGCUUUCCUUGGCCAUUACGCUAAUCAACAAUUAUAGUCAAAACCUAAACCACCACCCAAAUCUGGUUCACUUCUCUAACAUUAAUAUAUAAUUGUUAUAAUAUAAUCCAUUCGAAGUAUUCAAACAGGAAAGAGAAGCUAUAUUUAACUUCUCCAUCUCAACUACUUCACAAUCCUCAAAACUAAACAACUUCACAAUCACUUUCUUUCAUAUUUAUAUACUCGUUCAAAAUCUCAAAAUCACUCAAUUCAUUCUUGCAAAUACAAAACAAAGCAAAACAAAAAAAAAUAUCCGAAAAUAAAAACAUCCUCCAAAAUGACCAAACACUCACCAUUCUCACUUUCAAUAUCAAUGUUUCUCAUAGUUGCUCUUUUUACUGCAACAACCGCACUCGACCCUGCACCUGAAGACCCGAUUUUCGAACUGUACAUGCAUGAUAUACUUGGCGGAAGCAGUCCAACAGCAAGACCCAUCACCGGUUUGCUUGGAAACAUCUACAACGGUCAAGUACCGUUUGCUAAGCAGAUUGGUUUUGUUCCGCCAGAAAACGGUGUAGCCAUACCAAAUGCAAAUGGCGCAAUGCCAACGGUCAACGGUAUCAACGGUAUUCCUCUAGGUACUGGUUUAUCCGGUACAGCGUUUUCAGGUCAGAAUCUGAACGGGAUUCAGACACAGUUGGGUCCUGAUGGUCUGAGUCUCGGCUUUGGGACGAUCACGGUGAUCGACGACAUAAUCACAUCCGGUCCUGACUUGGGUUCCCAGCCACUUGGUAAAGCUCAGGGGGUUUAUGUUGCAAGCUCAGCAGAUGGAAGCACACAGAUGAUGGCUUUCACAGCUAUGCUUGAAGGUGGAGAGUACAAUGAUAAUCUCAACUUCUACGGAAUUUACAGAAUUGGAAGCGCCAUGUCGCAUCUGUCUGUGACUGGGGGAACCGGAAGGUUUAAGAACGCUUGUGGGUUUGCAGAGGUAAGGCCACUGAUUCCUGCAGGUCAACACUUUGUUGAUGGAGCAGAGAUGCUGUUGAGGAUCAUUGUCCAUCUUAAGUACUGAAACUUGUAAAUGAAUGUGUGAUUCCAUUUGAGUUGAGAAAUGUUUUCUAGUAAUGCAAACAACGCAAAAGAAACAUUGAAUUUUAUAUGAUUUGGUACAACAAACAUCAUAUCCUGCACCAUUUAUAGGAAGCGCUUUGUGUGUUUAUUGAUUACAUGCUUAUGGUCCAGACAAAGAACUAAGCAUAGAAUACUGUAAGGAUUAUGAAUUUCAGGAACAAACAUUGUUCGGUCAGCCCCUACUUCUCCUAUAGGGCCAUGAGUAUACUCAGAACACUCCGAAGAAUGUAGCUGCAGCAAAUAC